AUGGACAGUAUCCUGGAGGAGGCCCACUCCAUACGCCAGGAGAUCUCCCUGCUCCACCUGGAGGUGGAGAGCCUGGUCAAGCACAAUGAGCGCAUUGGCACCACAGUCCACAGUCUGACCAUCAUCAAGCAUGACUCCAACUCCAUCACCAGGGGGAUCCACCAGCAUGGCGAAGCCCUGUACGUCAGACUCCAGGCCCUGGGGGUGCAGAGCUGUGAGCUGGAGGAGAAACACGGACCCAAUGCCGCCAUGUCCCGCAUCGCCAACACCCAGCACGCCAACCUCACCCAGGCCUUCCAUGCCACCAUAGCAGGAUACAACCAGGUCGAGGAGGCCCAAAGAGAAAUGUGGAGCUCACGCUUCCAGAGACAGGCCUCUAUCAUGGGCAAGGAGGUGACCGAGAAGCAGCUGGACACGCUGACAGAGAAUGGGGGUGAAGGCUGGGGGGAGCUGUCCCAGAGCCUGCAGACCGAGGGGCAGUCAUCCCGCUGGGCUCUGUGUGAGAUAAAAGGAAGGCAAAAGGAGUUGGUAGAGCUAGAGACCAGGCUGAGGGAAGUGCAUGAUCUGUUCCAGCAGAUGGCCAUGUUGGGAGGUCUGUAA